AAAGUAAGUGGAGCUGCCUCAGCUUCUCAGAGCUCGUCUCGAGACGAGUAUUGAAUUGUUUGUGGUAUCACAGUUGCUGCAUAUGGUCAUUUCAGAGACAGUUUAGGCCACGGGCAUUUCCAUAAGAACUACUGACUACAGUCAGAAAUUCCAUAAUGUCAUCAUUUAGUGUCCUUGCUUCAUUGCCGGAGGAUCAUUUCCAGUGUUCGAUCUGUCUGAAUGUCUUCAGCGACCCGGUUACCACACCUUGUGGUCACAACUUCUGCAAGACCUGCCUCAGUGAGCACUGGGACAAAAGUUAUUUAUGCCACUGCCCAGUGUGUAAUAAAAGAUUCCACGUGAGGCCUGAGAUCUCCACAAACGUGGUCAUCGAGGAGAUUUCAGUCCAAAUAAAGAAGAGGAAAGCUGAGACAUCUGAAAGUGCGGAUGCACCGUGGCAGGUGACGUGCGACGUGUGCGCAGGAAUAAAGUUCAAGGCCCUGAAGUCCUGCCUAGUGUGUCUGACGUCGUACUGUGAGGCUCACCUGGAGCCUCACCAGAGAGUUCCCUCCCUGAUGAGACACAGGUUGAUUGACCCGAUGGAGAACCUGGAGGAGAGGAUCUGUGAGAAGCACCAGCGGCUCCUGGAGUUUUUCUGCAGGGAUGAACAGGUGUGCAUCUGUCUGCUGUGCAGUGAGACAGACCACAGAGACCACAAAACUGUGCCUGUGGAAGAAGAAGGGGCUCGACAGAAAGAAAAUAUUGAGUCCAAGGAAGCCGGGAUCAAAGUGAUGAUUGAAGAUAGAAUGGAAAAGAUAAAGGAAUUUACACAUUCUUCUGAAAUGAGCAGAGAAAAAGCCAAUAAAGAGGUUGAUGACUGUGAUACGCUCUUCAAUGCUCUAAUGAUGCGUGUACAAGAGGCACACACUAAACUAAAAAGGAAUAUUGAGGAGAAGCUCAGAAAGUCACAAGACAAAGACAAAGCCAUGAUCGAAGAGCUGCAGGAGGAAAUUUUCCAACUGCAGAGGAAGCGCUCUGAGCUGGAGGAGCUUUCACAAAGUGAUGACCACCUUCACCUCCUGCAGACUUUGCAGGCCCUGAGCACCAUAUCAGUCACCAAGAACUGGUCUGAGAUCAGGGUUUACUCAGACCUCUGCGUGCAGACAGUGAGGAGAGCCAUGACUCAUCUUGUACACACUUUUCAAGCAGACCUGAAAACUCUGACAGAAACCGAACUGACCAAGAUGAGACAAUAUAAAGAGUCGGUCACCUUUGACCCAGCCACCGCUGGUUGCUUCCUUGUGGUGUGUGAAUUUGGAAAAAGUUUGAAGUACUCCAGAAUUGCAAGCCCCUCAUCGUCUGAUGACUCCGAGAGGUUCGACUGUCCCAUGAUCUUAGGAACAAAGGGCUUCACCUCUGGGCGCCACUACUGGGAAGUCCAAGUGGGCCUGAGAGCUGACUGGGACGUCGGUGUUGCCAAGGAAACAGUAAACAGGACGGGGAAGAUCAAUCUGAAAAAAGAAAAUGGCGUCUUUGCCAUAGGAAAGAGAGGUUUUGAUUACCAAGUUAAUUGUACAAAAUACACGGUCCUUCACCUGUGUCCCAGGCCAAGAAACAUAGGAGUGUAUGUUGACUAUAAUGAAGGAAGAGUGUCUUUCUAUGAUGUGGAUAGAGAGUUGCACAUUUACUCUUUCACAGGAGAGUAUUUCGCAAAGAAACUGUUCCCCUACUUCUAUCUGUGCAGCAAGGGAAAGAAAUCUGAGCCUUUGGUUAUUACCUCUGUGGAUAGCGAAUACUGGAGGAUCAAUGGGGCCUCUCAGUGCCCCCUCUGCAAGGCCAUUUUCCCCACCAGGCCACAGCUCAAAACAGAACAAACACUACAUGCUGGUGCCCCGACUGAGGAAGCAACUGUGCCUUUAAAAGCUGGAGAGGUUCCCUGUGAUUUCUGCCCAGCAAAGCAUAGAGCAGUCAAAUCCUGCCUGGAGUGCAUGGCCUCAUAUUGUGCCACUCAUCUGGAGCCACAUUACCAGAAUGAAGAUCUUGGGCGCCAUCUUCUGAUCAGUGUGGUGAAGAACCUGGAGGACUCUGUUUGUAGACUGCACGGAAAGCAGUUAAACAGGUUCUGUAGGAGUGAUCAAACGUGCAUUUGUGCCAUGUGUGCCCAGACGGAGCACAGGGGCCAUCACAUUAUUUCUAUAAACAAGGAAGCUGCAAAGAAGAAGGUCAAACUAAAAAGGAGAAAGACGAAACUUCAGCAAGCCAUUCAAGAGAGACUGAGUAAAGUUGAGAAAAUCAAGAUCUCUGCAGACCUCAAUGGAGAAAAUCCAAAGGAGGCUUGGGCACAAAAUAAAGAGCUCACCCAACAACUGGAAGAAGAAAUCUCAGAGUUGCAGAGAAGAAACUCUGAGUUGGAGCAGUUCACGCAGACUGAAGACAACCUCCACUUCCUACAGAGCUCUGCAGCUGCUGAUAUGGCCUCCACUCAAGCAUCACCCAGCGAGACAUCCUCACUGAAGAAGCAUCUAACAUGCUCCAUCUGCAUUGAUUCAUUUGUAGAUCCUGUCACUACAGAUUGUGGCCACUCGUUUUGUAAGAAAUGUUUGAACUUCAACUUUCUGUACAAUGACAGGAUGUGCCCUCUAUGCAAGCAACUUCAGAGCAAAACCCCAGGGGUGAAUAUUGUCCUGAGAAAUAUUAUCGAGCAGAUGACAAACAAAGACGAUGAUGAGUUCACUGGGGCGCCCGGCGAAGUGGCCUGCGACGUGUGCACAGAGCGAAAGCUUAAGGCUAAGAAGUCCUGCCUUGUGUGUCUUUCCUCAUAUUGUUUUACCCACCUGGAGAAUCAUUCUUCAACUGAAAGGCUGAAGGGCCACAAGUUGGUGGAACCUGUGAAGAACUUAGAUGAGAGGGCCUGUCUGCAGCAUGGACGUCCCUUGGAACUGUACAGCAGGAAGAAGGAGAAAUGCAUUUGUGUACGCUGCAUGGAUGAAGGUCCGGAGGAGGUUGUUUCUACUGAAGAUGAAUGGGACAAGAAGAAGGCUAAGCUUGAAAAGAUCAAGACAGAGUUACAACAGAAGAUUCAGGAGAGAAAAACACGAAUGAAUGAGAUUGAUACAUCUCUUAACAAGUGCAAGGACGAGAUGGCUGAUGAGUGGUGGGAAAUUGAGGGUGUGUUCACAGCUGUGAUUGCCAUUGUGGAGAGAGCCCAGGUAGCAGCCCUACAGCCACUAAAGGACAGGAGAGAGGUUGUGGAGAAAAAUGCAAAAGUCCUCAGGGAAGAGUUGGAAGCAGAGAUCAACAGGCUUGAGAAGACCAUCUCUGAUUUGGAUGAUAUAUCUGCACUUGAGGAUCACAUCCUUUUCUUGCAAAGUUACCCAUCUCUUCAAGACCUGGACAACAUCAAAGACUGGACAGAGGUAGAGUUUGACACGUCACUGUCUUUUGGCACAAUGAGAAAAACCACAGCAGCCCUGUUGGAACAAAUUCAACAGGAACUGGAGAAUCUGACCUCCAUCGAACUUCAGAGAGUUCCGAAGUUUACAGUGGAUGUAAAGCUGGAUUCAACCACAGCCCACCAACGCCUUGUUCUUUCUGAUGACGGGAAGGAAGUGAGAGAUGGAGGCAAGGACAAGGAAGUAGACGAUACUUCUGAGAGGUUUGAUCUGUUUGCCAGCAUCUUGGGGAUCAACAGGUUGACCUCUGGGAGGUCAUACUGGGAGGUGGAGGUCAGCAAGAAGACAGGGUGGGACCUGGGUGUCGCAAGAGGUGAUGCAAACCGCAAAGGAAAACUCUUGCUGAACCCAGAUAAUGGUUACUGGGUUACUGUGCAAUAUGAAGAUGAAAAAUACGCUGCCAUGACAGCACCACCAGUUCGUCUUUCCCUGAAAGAGAAACCACAAAUGGUGGGAGUGUUUGUGGAUUACGAGGAACAACUUGUGUCCUUCUACGAUGUGAAGGCUCAAUCUCACAUCUACUCGUUUACUGAGUGUUCGUUCAAUGGUUCAAAGAUCUUCCCGUAUUUCAGUCCACAUGCAAAACAAGAUGAAAAAAACAAGGAUCCUUUGAUUAUUGUUAAUCACUGUGAGCAGGAAAUUGAAAUGUCAUAAAGAAUUUGCAUUCCAGUUUUGCUAGAUUAGAAUGCGGAGAGGGAAUUUCUGGUGAAUCUUGCCCAUUGAGGCUGAAUUGGCUUGAAAAAACAGCAAAGUUCUGGAGAAUUUGGAGAAUUAGAACUAGUAAAAUUAUUUAGAAAAGUCUGGGUGCAACUACAAAUGAUGAUGCAACAAGGUGUGCCUAUAUAUGAUAACACCAAGCCUUGUUGCCCUGAAGAAACAAUGCUACAUGAUGUAACAAUACUACAUGUAGGGACGCUACCAGUUUAACUACAUUUCCCAAUGACGUUGGCCCAAAAUAAUGCAACAUUUUCAGCAGCAAUAUUUUUUCCAGCAUGUUUUCACUCCCAAAUUGUCAAAUAUGGCAGCUUAGUCAGCCCUACAAUUUAAACUGUAACGCUGUAGGUGCCCCCUCUAGAGUAAUGUUUUGAUGUGCAGUCAAGUCAGGUGACAUAGUUUAAAGAGCAACAAAAGUCUGCACUGGGAGGAGGUCUGGGUGGUCGGAUGGGUCAAACAUAGGACUUACACCAAGGAGCUGUUUGUUUUCUGGGUGAAACCAAAAAUAGUUUUUUACUUACGUUACCUAAGUUGCUUUCUUAUUUAACUGAAGCCAUGAUCUUUUCAUAAACCUAACUAAGUCGUUUUUGUGCCUCAACCUAACCAAACUGUGACUGUUGCACAACGUUAACCACAUUUUUAUUACUGUUACUAUGACGACUAAGGCCAGCUGAGUAUGAUGACCAAAGUCACUGGACUUUCCUGUACGUCCAAAACUCAUACAAUGUGGAAUGUGUUUCUGCAAGCUUUAUUUUUUAAGUCUAAGUGGAUGUUGCAUAUUUCUCAUUCCUAACUUGAAGUGCAGAUCAAAGGGGUAUGCUGACCGCCAUAGUUUUGACCGUAGGCCCACUGACCAGGCUGCUGUAUUUGAUGAGCUGGGAGGGAGAAUAUGUAGAUUUUUUCCACUAAGUAACUAGUUAGUGCAACCAAAGGUGGUGGUGUAAGCAAUAAAAUAAUGCAUGCCUUAAUUAAUUAUGUUACUUAACUGUAUAUGUUUCUUGUGGAAUAAUGUCAUUGCAUUUAAGGUACACUGUGAAGUUUCUGACCACUAGUUGCACCAUGGGGAAAUAUUUUUAUAAACAAGUGCAAGAGCACUUUGGUGAGGAGUUAAAGUUAAUGGCUUCACACCAUUCCACUGAUCCACUGAUCCUAUUGAUGGUAGUAGCGAUGCACCAGCAAAGACAGGAAAGAUGAACGCUGCUAGCAUUCAUUGAUGUAAACAAUCCAGAUUUUUAAAUGUUAAAAAAAAUCAGCUUGCAAAUGUUUUAGGCGGAAGAAAAUGCAUUAAACGUGUGAAGGCCUCAAGGAUACACACAAUAUGUUUUGGUGAGUAACACUAUGUAAACAAGUGAAAAGUAAGUAAGUAAAAAAAAAACUUUGCAGGGCACGUUUAAGCUAUUUUUUCUGAGUAGCUUGUAGUGUCCGUUUCUUUUGAGAAUGAAAGAGUAACUGUGUCAGUUUAACUCAUGGUUUUGUCAUUAGUGAGAGCUAGCUAGUAUGGUAGCACAAAGCAAAGUUCUCAUGUUGAUACCUCCAGUUCAAUAUACUUGAUGCACUGAAUUAGACAUGAGGUUAAAAUGUAGAGACCUGCAGGAAGUUAAUGUCUAUUUUCUAUGGUCAUGGUAAAAACUGAAACUAUGCUGUAACGUGGUUGGACAUUUAUGGGUUUUUAUAGUUAGGCUAGACUUUAAUACAUGACCAAAUGCCCUAUUAGAACUAUACUAGACUUAGACUUAAUUACAAACAAUGUAUAAGCAACCAGUGUGAAAUAUUGACCUAUAGGUGAAGGUGAAGGUGAUGGGGGAAAAUGAAUUUAUUCUAGUGGAUGAAAUGUCAAGUAUGUGCAAUCUAUAUACAAUAUAUUGUCAUCAUUUAAAAACGGUCCUGUAAUUAUUUUCUAAAUAAAAAUCAAAUGUUUCAGAUCA